AUGUUUAUCACUAUCAUAUUCAUCUCUCUCUCUCUAUCGCUCUCUCUCUCUCUCACUCUUUUCCAUUGUCCUUCGUUUGUUUCUUUUGCAAUCUUGAAUUUGCGACCUUUCCUUUGCUGUCUCGUUAUUUUUUCACUGAUUUCUUCUUCUUCUCCUUCUUCUUCUUCUCCGCCCCCUCCUCCACCUUCUUCUUCUUCUUCUUCUUCUUCUGUGCUUCAUAAGUCACCUACUUUCGUCCUUUUUUUCUUCUUUAUUUCUAUGACUUCGCUUCCUUCUUGUUUUAUUUUCUUUAAUAGUUUUUAUUCCACCUGUUUUUUUCUUUUUAUUCUUCUAUUAUUUUCUAUAUUUUCUCUUUCCUCUUACUCUCCGCCAUUUUGUCGGCCUUACGCCAUACCUAAACUAUCCUUAUUAAACUGCUGUUCACUUCCAAAUUUUCUUCCCCCUCCUGAUCCUUUUCUUUCGACUUUACUAUUUUACGGCGUAUUUUUGGUACAUUUUUCUUUACUUUUUAACUCAUUUUUCUCCUGCCUUCUUCGACUGUUUUCAUAUCUCUUCGCAAUUCGUUUUAAUUCUGCAACAAUCUUUACUUUUUUUUUUUUUUUUGUCAUGCAAUUUUCAUUCUCUCUUUUGAUAUCGUUUCUCUCUUUCGUUCCAUUUUUCACAGCUUAA